GGGAGAGAGAAAGAGAGAUUUACAUAACAUAUGUUUUUUGUUCUUCAGAGCAAAACCCAUCUCACCAAACGCACCGUAAGCCGUUAGACACAGAUUCUCCGAUUCUCUCUCCAUAUUUCCCGACCUCUCUCUCUCUACUCUCUACUCUCUACUCUCUUUCUGCUGUUACACAGCCAACGAAGUGGGCUAGGGUUCAUUCAGUCCAUGGCAUUUCCCUGAAUGGCAAUGGCGGCAACUUCGAGGGGUGUGGCCACGCCGUUUAAGACCAAAGCCAGGAGAGCCGAUGCGUUGCCGGUUUCUGGAUUUGUGGAAUUGCGGUGGAGGAAGCGGAGGUUGCUUGGCGGAGAUGCGCGGUGGAGUGUCCAGUGCUGCUGCCCUGACUCCGUGGUGCCUAUCAGGGGGAGUUCCGGGUCGGGUAAGAGUGCAGACAACUGUGAGGAGUGGCGCUUCGAUCCCCUCAAGAUUAACAGGGUUCGUGUUCAUGCUUCGACUGCAAUGCCUUUUGCUUCUCCUCAAUCUCGGUUUGUUUCAAAACCAGAAAAGUUUUUCUCCCGUUGCACACCUAGAAAUUCAGGCCCUCAAUCUCGUGACACUCCGCCAAAACGAGAUACAGGUAUUGCAAAUGAGAAAGAUUGGGGCAUUGAUUUGUUAAAUGAAAAUAUUAAUGAAUCUGGCGUUAACGAAGACGGUAGUACUUGGUAUCGAGAAAGUGGGGAAGACCUGGGAGAAAAUGGUUACAGAUGCAGAUGGGCAAGGAUGGGUGGUAGGAACCAUGAUAGCACCUCUGAAUGGAAAGAAACGUGGUGGGAGAAAAGUGAUUGGAGUGGAUACAAAGAGCUAGGUGUAGAGAAAUCUGGGGAAAAUGCUGAAGGGGAUUCAUGGUGGGAAACUUGGCGCGAAGUUCUUCACCAAGAUGAGUGGAGUAAUCUAGCUAGAAUAGAGAGGAGUGCACAAAAACAAGCAAAGUCAGGAACUGAAAAUGCUGGAUGGUAUGAAAAUUGGUGGGAAAAGUAUGAUGCUAAGGGUUGGACAGAGAAAGGUGCACAUAAGUAUGGUAGAUUAAAUGAACAAUCAUGGUGGGAGAAGUGGGGAGAGCAUUAUGAUGGAAGGGGAUCUGUCCUGAAAUGGACAGAUAAGUGGGCAGAGACUGCAUUGGGAACAAAAUGGGGUGAUAAAUGGGAAGAAAAGUUCUUUGCUGGCAUUGGGUCACGGCAAGGUGAAACCUGGCAUGUAUCACCUAUUGGUGACCGGUGGUCAAGAACAUGGGGAGAGGAGCACUUCGGAAAUGGCAAAGUGCAUAAAUAUGGGAAGAGCACAACUGGUGAAAGCUGGGACAUUGUUGUAGAUGAAGAAACUUACUAUGAGGCGGAACCACAUUACGGUUGGGCAGAUGUGGUAGGUGAUUCAAACCAGUUAUUGUCCAUCCAACCUCGAGAAAGGCCCCCCGGUGUGUAUCCAAACAUGGAUUUCGGACCAACAGCACCACCUCCCUCUUCAUCAGAGCCAAGCGAUGAAUUGCCUCCCUCUUCAUCACAGCCAAAUGAUGAAUUGCCUCCCUCUUCACCCUAGUGACUAGCCAGUAUCACCUCUCAAAGCUUCUUCAAUAGGCUGUCUGCAAUGGUAUUAGCAUAUUCAUUUGCAAUUUGGUUAAGCUUGUGUAACAGAAUGCUUCUUUCUUAUCUGUUAUUCAUUAAUUUCAUUCUUUCGAGAUUUUGGUUCUUGUUAAAUUGUUGUGAUCUGUUGACAUGGUUUGGCACACUUUCUGGAUUCUGUGGUAGGAUGAACAAGGCAUUCUGCAGUUCAGGGUUUGCAUUUUGCUCAA